AUGUUGUCUCAAGCCCUAGAUAGCGGUCGUCGUAUCAGCGGGCACAUCAUGACAUUAUUUUUGUUCACGAAGUCCGACUUGUUGACAGUUCUGAUCCCCAUCACUUUGUCUACCCUCGCAGCUGCUCCCCAUCCCAACGUAGCUCGCAUUCCAGACAUCAUCGUAUGGAUGUGGCUGCACGUCCUGAAACAUGAUAUAUAUAACCAGAUGCAAGAUCCAGAGGAGGACCAGAAAAACAAGCCUCAUCGCCCUCUCCCUGCCGGUCGUAUAACUGCACAAAAUGCGGCGGAUGUGCGCUGGCUGCUAGUGCCAGUCUGCCUGGUAUUUUCUGCGAUGUAUGGCAGCACGGCCCUCGCCUGUAGCGUUUGUCUAGAAGUCCUCAGUAUCUGGUACAAUGAGUUUGGUGGCGAUAAGACUGGGCUUUCGAAGAACCUAUUGACGGCUAUUGCAUAUACAAUUCUCGAACUAGGCGCAACGGUCGUGAUUGGGUCCAGCAUUGACAAAAUUGGGGCGUGUGGAUUUACCUUCAGCUCUAUAGUCUUUGCAACGACACUUCAUGCACAAGAUUUUAAAGAUGAGGAGGGAGAUCGGCUGACAGGAAGACGCACUCUUGUCACUCUAUUCCCUACCUUGGCACGCAUGUCCAUGAUGAUUGGCGUCCCCCUUUGGUCACUCUGCCUCAGCAGACUUUGGAAACUGGAUCUCGUCUGUUCUGUCGCAUUCGUAACAUAUGGAACGAUUGUCGGGGCGAGAUUCAUGGUUUAUAGGACUGCGAGUGCCCACAAACAAUCGUGCAAACUGUACAGCGUGAGUGAUAUCGAGUUAGAAAAUUCUACCUACUGA